AAGUAACGGUCGUUGAAGUGAUCUGCCAGCGCGACGGACGUGGGAGUGGAUAUCGUUCGGUUACCCAUAGACGGACGCCUUUUCACUACUUUGGUGUCAUCAUAACAUCUGUCUGCGUUGUUCCUUGUUCGUUUACCCGAUACACAACUUGAAACGCAGCAUAGCUCGUCACAAACACAUACAUAUAUGAAUUGUAAGGUCUGCUAGACUAUCCUUAUUUUUCUUCCUGGGAAAAUUAGAAGACCGUCGCCGGUUAGCCUAGCCGCGCGGCUAGCCUGCCCAUUUUAGAAACGUCUCCACAGCAGGCAUGUCACACUUUACUUUUAUAAGUAGCCGCUUCCAUGUACUGGACAAAAUUAUCUUUUUCUAGGGAUCAAGGCAAGAGUGAAAAUUCCUGUCCCAUAAAGUAAAGUUCAAAUGGAAUAAAUGUUUAUUGGUCAAAAAAUGACAAAUAAUUGUUAAGAAACCUCAUAAAUAAAACAGAAAAACAUUAACAAGAGCAUAUUGGCUUGUAUAGUCCUGCUCAAAAUUAUUUAGGAGACGAGAUAAUGAACUGACGCGCUUCGACGAUAUCGUCGCCCAGUGCCGAGAUGGCCUAUUCUAUGCACUUGGACAGGGUAGUGCUUAUUAAACUCGCCCUAAUAUGCCCAUAUACGUUUGCAUGGACAUGAAAUUCCACAAAAGGGCAGUUUAAUUACCUUAAAUACUGAACACCUACUUUUUUGCCCAAGUCCUUUCGAAGUUCUCAAUGAAAAGAACAGAACAUACGCCACAAGGGGGCGUGAUCGGGUUUUGUUUUCAGGUAAGUGGACGAUAAGCAAAUUCGCAUUUGACGCAAAUUUCCUUCCGCAAAAAGUACCAUUCUCCAAUAUCUUAUGGCCAUGUACAGGGGUUCGUACUUCCCUUGCUGGUCAUAUCGCACGAAUGUUUUACCCUUUUUAAGUGGUGGAAUGGAGCCAACAAUGAACAGGCGAAGCAGUUGAAAUAGCAUGCCUCCGUUAUGCGUCCCUGUGGGAAAUGUCGGCUGCGAACGUUACAGUGAACAACUUUGGCAAGUAUUGUCGAAGCGCCUCAGUUGAGAAUUUUGAGGAGCUCAAAGUGUACUUCUCCAAGACCGAGUGGACCAAUCUGCAAAAAUGUGAGAAAUUGCGCUACAAGAACAUCAAGAGGAACCACGAAGCUAUGUUAGCAUUAGGGCUCUAUUCCCCUACUCCGGCUUUCAUGAGGUCGGGUCGACCGCGGAGGGACAAGCCAGUGGACUUUGCUGAACAAAGCGAUUCUGAAGAUGAGGAGUGGAGGCCUGGCCUGCUGAGGAAGCCUGCGUCCAGGAGCUUCAGUUCCCAAAUCAGGAGACCCAGUCAGCAUGGCGCCCCCUCUGGGGCUUCACAGAGCAGUGCGGUGGCACAGGACAGGAGCGGGGCGGCCUUGCUGCCUGAAACCCAGACAGAGUCUCCAGCAUCCGGACUGUGCCACACACAGUACUACUGAAGAAAGAGAGUCUGAAAUUGCCGACUGAGCAGAAAAGGCUUUAUGUCCGCGGUGACAAGCUGCGCAGCACACGGAGCGUGCGCUACACCGAGGAAGAGGAGCCCAGAGACGAAGAUUAUCUCUACUGUGACGAGUGCCAGUCCUUCUUCACUGAUGAAUGUCAGGUGCACGGCCCCCCUUCGUUCAUUUUGGACGCCCCUGCGCCCAUGGGCAGCCCUGACAGGGCCUGGCUUACCCUGCCCCCCGGUUUGGAGGUCCGAGUCUCCAGCAUCCCUGGAGCAGGCUUGGGGGUGUUUAACCAGGAGCGGACGGUGGCCAGAGGGGUGCAUUAUGGACCGUACGAGGGAGACCUGACCGAUAAAGAUGUAGCCGUUGACAGCGGUUACUCCUGGAUGAUCUACAGGAGCAAGCGCUGUGUUGAGUACAUUGACGCCAGGAGAGAAACUCACUCCAACUGGAUGAGGUAUGUGAACUGCGCUCGGAAUGAAGAGGAGCAGAAUCUCGUGGCGUUCCAGUACCGAGGCUCUAUUCUGUACCGCUGCUUCAAGCCCAUUCUGCCAGGCCAGGAGCUGCUGGUGUGGUAUGGGGAGGACUACGCCAAGGACCUGGACAUCACCUUCAGCUACCUAUGGAGCAACAAGUGCUCUUCUAAAGGGGGUGAGGUUGUGCCGUCUCAGUUCUUCCCCUGUACUCAGUGCUCGCUCUCCUACACAGCUGAGCACUACCUGCACAAACACAUCAAGAGAUCUCACCCUGAGGAGUACGUGAGACUGCUCAGAGCUGGAUCAGUCACAUCAGAGAGUCUCCAGCCUUCCGGCAGCUUCCAUAGACUCUGUGCACCCUGUCAUACUGUCCCAGGUACAGCUCAGCUCCUCACUCCAAAACAGUUAGAUACUGGCAGCAUGAACGCACACACAUGCUCCCAGUGUGGGAAGAGUUUCCGUGCUGGGAGCGAUCUUAAACGACACCAGCGCACUCACACAGGGGAGAGGCCGUACCACUGUGCCCAGUGUGGGAAGAGUUUCAUUCAGAAGGCACACCUUAAUCUACACCAGCGCACUCACACAGGGGAGAGGCCGUACCACUGUGCCCAGUGUGGGAAGAGUUUCAGUGAAGAGGGAAGCCUUAAACUACACAAGCGCAUUCACACAGGGGAGAGGCCGUACCACUGUGCCCAGUGUGGGAAGAGUUUCAGUCAGAAGCAAACCCUUAAAGACCACCAGCGCACUCACACAGGGGAGAGGCCGUACCACUGUGCCCAGUGUGGGAAGAGUUUCAGUCGGGAGGGACACCUUAAACUACACAAGCGCAUUCACACAGGGGAGAGGCCGUACCACUGUGCCCAGUGUGGGAAGAGUUUCAUUCAGAAGGGAUACCUUAAAUUACACAAGCGCAUUCACACAGGGGAGAGGCCGUACCACUGUGCCCAGUGUGGGAAGAGUUUCAUUCAGAAGGGAUACCUUAAAUUACACAAGCGCAUUCACACAGGGGAGAGGCCGUACCACUGUGCCCAGUGUGGGAAGAGUUUCAGUGCAGGGAGCGAUCUUAAGCGACACCAGCGCACUCACGCAGGGGAGAGGCCGUACCACUGUGCCCAGUGUGGGAAGAGUUUCAGUCGGGAGGGACACCUUAAACUACACAAGCGCAUUCACACAGGGGAGAGGCCGUACCACUGUGCCCAGUGUGGGAAGAGUUUCAGUCAGAAGGGACACCUUAAUCUACACCAGCGCACUCACACAGGGGAGAGGCCGUACCACUGUGCCCAGUGUGGGAAGAGUUUCAGUUACUCCUGUGACCUAAAGAAACACCAGCAAACUCACAGAGCUGCUGAAUCAAGCUCACCUGUCCUUGAGCAUGGGGUCAGGUGCACGUGA